CUGAAUUCUCAAGUCUUUCCCUUCUCUCUCUUUCACGCACAAAAAACUCAAACAGAACAAACCGCCAGAAUGGAUGCUUCUAGAACUUCAAGCAGCAUCGGCAACAAGAGUAACAGCACCAAGCUGCUUAAUCCAUGGAUGCUCCAUUUCCAGAAGCUCGCUCUUGAACUCAAGUGCCCUCUCUGUUUGAGCUUGUUCAAGAGGCCGGUUUUGCUACCCUGCAACCACUUAUUCUGCAAUUCGUGUUUGGCGGAUUUCACAACAUCUGGUUCUGAAUGUGUUGUCUGCAAUGCGAAGUAUGCUCAAUCAGAUAUAAGGCAUGUGCCUUUUGUGGAAAACGUGGUAGGGAUUUAUAGGAGCUUGGAGGCAACCUUUUCUGCUAGUUUGUUUACGCACCAUUCUUCUGAUGUGAGGGUUUUGGAGCCAUGUCAAGGGUUACAAAAUUCAGUUCACAGGAGCAAGGAUACUGAUAAUGUUGGGGAUGGCAAGAAUCAGAAACGGAAGAUGAGUGGUAUUGCGGUGCAUGAUAAGGGCGAGGAGAUUGAGAUGUAUUCUGGGGGGCAGGUUGAGAAUCCAAGGCGGUCUUCCCAGAUGAAAAUUGAGGGUCGUGAAGACUCUGGGGUUGUUGAAAUGGAUGUGAAUCAAGGGACGCAAUCAGCACCAGCUAGUCCACCAUUUUGUGACACAAAGGGCUCAGAGAAUGACUGCAGUGACCAAGAUAGUGAGCAUCUUUUGCCUUCUGGGAGAUUGGAAAAUUCCUCAUCGAAGAGAGCAAGUACAGGAAAUGGAAAUUUGAAGGAAAGAAUGACACAACUGAGGUCUGAAAGUUCAGCCUCUGAAACGGAGGGUCUUACAAGAGAGCUCAAGAGGCAGAAAAAUCUUACCCAUGGUAAUGAUCAGCUCAGAACUGAAAAGGACCCUGGUGCCGUGAUGCUUGCUAAUGUAGAUGACUCUUAUACAAGUACAUGUUCAUUUUGCCAGUCCUCAAAAAUCUCAGAGGCUACUGGACCAAUGCUGCAUUGUGCAAAUGGGAAUUUGGUUAUUGGUGAUGCAGCAAAGCAACCAAAUGUCAUCCAUGUACACAAAGUUUGCAGUGAUUGGGCACCACAAGUUUACUUUGUUGGUGAAACUCUUAAGAAUUUGAAGACAGAACUUUCAAGGGCAGCAAAGCUUAAAUGCAGCAAAUGUGGCCUAAAGGGAGCUGCACUUGGAUGCUAUGUCAAAUCCUGCAGAAGAACUUAUCAUGCUCCUUGUGCAAUGGAUGUCUCAAAUUGCCGUUGGGAUUAUGAGGGUUAUCUUAUGCUUUGUCCUGGGCAUUCUCAUGUGAAAUUUCCUAGUGAGAAAUCCAAGUCUAGGAAACAAACAACUGAUAAGCAUCCCACUUCAUCUCACCUGCCAUCUCAAUGUUCAAGCGCUCUGGGAUGUUCAAAGGAUGAAGAUAAAAAAUUGCUUUUUUGUGGAUCUGCUUUAUCAACCGAGGAAAAGAUACUUCUGAUAAAUUUUGCAAGCAAGAUUGGUGCUAAAGUUACCAAGAUUUGGACUUCAGAAGUCACCCAUGUGAUUGCAGCUACUGAUGAAAAUGGAGCAUGCUCUAGGACACUAAAAGUUCUUAUGGCAAUUCUAAAUGGAAAAUGGGUUCUCAAAAUGGAUUGGGUAAAAGCAAGCAUGGAAGAGAUGAAUCCUCUUGGAGAAGAACCAUACGAGAUCACACUUGACAACCAAGGGUGUCACGGUGGCCCAAAAGCUGGCAGACUCAGGGCAAUGGUCAAUGAGCCAAAGCUAUUUACUGGCUUAAAGUUUUAUUUGUCCGGAGAUUAUGUGACAACAUAUAAGAAAGAUAUUGAAGAAUUAAUUGAAGUGGGAGGAGGUGCUGUUUUGAGAAGCAAAGAAGAAUUGGAAGCAAAAAAGCUUGAAUUCGAAGGGGUUCCUUCGAAGUUCCUUGUUGUUUACAACCUUGAUCCUCCACAGGGAUGCAAGUUAGGAGAGGAAGUUUCGAUUAUUUGGCAAAGAAUGAAUGAUGCAGAGGAACUAGCAUCUAGUACUGGUUCUGAAGUCAUUGGUCACACGUGGAUUCUGGAGUCAAUUGCAGCAUGUAAACUUCAGCCUUUUGUUAUCUAAAAUGCAGUGGGAAGUUCAUAUUUUCUUGUAUAGAUUAUGAGCAUUGUUACUCAAAGUAUGCUUGUCUAUUGCUGCUAUCAGACAUACUGCUUUGUAACUGCAACACGAAAGCCAUCUUUUGAUAGGGUGUUAAGUCUGCAACAGAAUUUAAUUGAUCAGUAGUGUAUAGGGUUUCAAUUGAAUUUAUAUCUUGCUCUGGCAUUUUAGGUAUGUUGUUUCAUGUAACAUCAACUAGCUAGUAAUAGUAUGGAGUAACUAUAUCAAUUAGUUAGGAAUUGACUUUGAUUUUGUAUGAAUUCCUGUUUAAUAUUUCGGAAAUCUUGUUAACUUCA